CGUCAACCUGACAGAACGCGUCUUCUCCCAAAUCUCGUGCCACGAAUUCGCCGCAGAGCACCUCAGACCAACACAAGCCAUACCAAUCACUCAUAUCACGUCGCUGCAGAUCAAUAAUCACCCGAAUCUCGUCACUCAUAUCAAAACACUUCACCUUGCCACAAGCGAUCAACCCACACAAAACCGCAAUGGCCGAACAAACACCCCGCAUCAACGCCUCCAUCCUGGAGCAGUUCACCCACCGCACAGUCCGCAUUCUAGGCAAAGUCACACAACUCAGAGGCGAAGAAGCCACCAUCGAUGCCGGCGGUCAAAUCAACGUACACCUGAACAGAGAAGCACAUCUCACAGUCAACCACGCAGUUGAGCUCAUCGGAAAAGUACAAGCAGACUUGAGCGUCCGCGUCCUCACAAGCACAGAUUUUGGAGAGAAUAUCGACUUCUCACUGGCUGAUGCUGUGGUCGAUGCCACGCACCGUCACAGCGAGAUCUUCUAUUCGAAAGAGUGAUUGAUUGAUGGCGGUAUAGAGUGAUGGUCUGUUGCUGGACCGAGGGAAGGAUGCGCUAAGCGCAAGAGUGACGGUAUGCUGCCGUCUAUAAGCCAUUAGCAUACUGUAUCAAAUGAGCUAUAAUCCACAUCACUUACUGUUGCCUAGCAUCUACCGCAUUGGCAAGGACCAUUGACGGCUGCAGUAAUGUAUAGCAUAU